AUGUUCUCGGGCCUAAGCUCUCUCAGAAAGGACGAAAAGAAGGAGCCAACAUCUCAGAACAAGGCUCUGCAGGAUUACCUCAAAAAGUACACAUCUGAUGGGGCAGAUGAUGGCGAAAAGAAGAAGAAGCGCAAGAAAAGGCCGAAAGCGGAGCAAGGUGGCGCUGUGCAGAUCGUAGACGCUGAUCUGACAGGCUUUGAGGCCGUGCAGGCGGCCGCGGAGCGCAAGCGUGCAGCGGCGGCACGCGGCGGGCCGCCUGUCGCGGUCGAUGGCAGCGACGAAGAGGAGGCAGAGGCUCCCACCAUUGCCAACCCUGAGGAGCUGGAGAUAUACCGGCUGCAGCAGGAGAAG